AUGGCUGAAUGGGAAGAUGAUUGGGUUGAAGAAUCGCCGGCAAAUAUUACUCCAGCAACUCAACAAAAUGCAGCGAGAGCGGCACCUUCAACUCGACAAUAUCGGGGCAGAACUUUCCGAGGGAGCAACCGAAAUUCGAGUAAUGAUUCAAAUUGGAGGGAACGUGGUAAUACCAGCAACGACAGUGGUGAUUAUCGCCGCAACUUCGACCGAGAUGGAGCAGGCGGACGACGUGACUUUGAGCGAGACGCUGGUAACAAGAAAGUUAUUUAUGUUCCGUCUAACAAAGUGGGCCGAAUCAUAGGCAAAGGAGGAUCGAAAAUAAAAGAUCUUCAAUUUGAAUCAGACACUCGGAUCAAAGUAGGAGAUUCCAAUGGGAAUGAAACUGUUGUCACCAUCACGGGCACGGAUGAUGCUAUAUCGAAAGCUCAAGAAAUGAUAGAAAAACUCACUGAAGAUUUUAAACCUCGAGAAAAGGAAGACUAUGGUAACAAAGAGGAAAGUGAAACUCGGACCACAGAGUUUUUUAAAAUAAACGAGAAUGGCGAUCAAGUUAUUGAUUGGGAUAAGCUUAAUGCCUAUCAUAAUGAGGUACAACAGAGUCGUUACGAAAAAUUACCUCCUAUAAUUAAAGAUUUUUAUAAAGAAGAUCCUGCUAUAGCAGCAAUGUCAAAUGAAGAGGUUAAACGAUGGAGACUGGCUAAUUAUGAUAUUCAAGUCAAGAGAACUUUUGAAGAUAAACCUGGUUUGCGCAAAAUUCCCAAUCCAGUUCUGACUUUUGAGCAAGCAUUUAAAGACUACCCUGACAUCUUGACAGAAAUAUACAAACAGGAUUUUAAAACACCCUCUCCAAUACAAAGCCAAGCUUGGCCCAUUCUUCUGAGCGGUGAAGACAUGAUUGGGAUAGCUCAGACUGGCACAGGGAAAACUUUGGCUUUUCUUUUGCCUGCCCUCAUUCAUAUUGAUGGCCAAACAGUGCCACGAGAAGAAAGAGAAGGCCCUACCGUACUUAUCUUGGCUCCUACCCGGGAGUUAGCCAUACAAAUAGAUAAAGAAGUUUCAAAGUACCAAUAUAAAGGUAUUAAAUCAGUAUGCCUGUACGGAGGAGGGGAUCGUAAAGAACAAAUAAAAGUUGUGGAGAAAGGAGUUGACAUUGUAAUAGCAACUCCCGGCCGACUUAACGAUUUAAUAAUGGCUCGCCACCUCAACAUUAUUAACUUCUCAUACAUCGUGUUGGAUGAAGCUGACCGCAUGCUGGACAUGGGUUUUGAACCACAAAUAAGGAAAUCAUUAUUUGAUGUUAGACCAGAUCGUCAAACAGUGAUGACGUCAGCCACAUGGCCGCCAGGAGUGCGGCGUCUCGCUGAGUCUUACAUGAAAGACCCCAUACAAGUGAAUGUGGGAUCUUUAGAUCUCGCCGCUGUGCACACUGUCACUCAAAAAAUAUUGUUUGUCGAAGAAGACGACAAAGAACCUGCCUUGUUUGAAUUCUUGAACAACAUGGAUCCAACUGAUAAAGUAAUCAUAUUUUGUGGCAAAAAAGCCACAGCAGUACACAUUUCCACAGAACUAUGCAUCAGAGGCAUAGAAUGUCAAUCACUGCAUGGUGAUAGAGAUCAAACGGACCGGGAGGCAGCUUUGAAUGAUAUGGUUGAUGGAUCCGUUAAUAUUUUAGUAGCAACUGAUGUGGCGUCCAGGGGUAUAGAUAUAAAAGAUUUGACUCAUGUUAUCAACCUAGACUUUCCGAGACAUAUUGAAGAAUACGUGCACAGAGUCGGUAGAACCGGCCGGGCCGGAAAAACUGGAACAUCGUUGACUUUUGUCACUAGACAAGAUUGGGGAAGUGCUAAGGAACUUAUUAAAAUCCUCGAAGAAGCUAAUCAGGAAGUUCCCGAUGAGUUGGUAAACAUGGCGUCAAGAUUUGAAGCCAUGAAAUUGCGUAAAGAAAAAGAAGGUUCCGGCCGUGGUCGUGGGGGUAGAGGUGGAGGCGGAGGUUACGGCCGUGGUAGAAGAGACCGCUGCUCUUUGAGACGCGCGCGACAUGCGAUGAUGUACGCUCGAGUCUUGUUCUGGUCGGGCGGUGUGCUAUUCUUGCUCGUCCGCAACCCCCUUAGCAAGGCCAGACGCCCGGAGUGUCUCCUAGUGCGGCAGCUGAGUCGUGAAGAGUCAACCUCCUAUUUUGCGAGUACGACUGCAAAAAGAAGAAACGGUUUCACGGUGCGGUCCCUUUCGUACCGCACCACGACCUUCUACUACGGCCGGACGCGAGAGGUCGUUGCCGCUGAUCACUUAUCUAAAGACACGACUGACCCAAGCAGAGCAAAUCGCCACCGUGUUUUUUUUAGCAGGGCAGGCAUUUGGCUGCUAUCAUGCCUGGUGGUAACCGAUAAUGCGACCUACGAUGGAGCAUGCCUGCUUACUCAGGCCUUGAAGACACUCAGUAUACCCUUCGGGGAACACAGACUCCAACAGAGAAUUCUUCUCCUUAGCGGUUUAUAA